AUGUCUCAGGAAGAUCACGUCAAGGUGGCUAACGACGCCAUUGCUAACUUGCAUCUGGACGAUGUCACCGGUGAAAUGGUGUCCAAAUCAGAGUUGAAAAAGCGUAUCAAGCAAAGACAAGUCGACGCCAAGAAGGCAGCCAAGAAGGCAUCUGCCCAGCCUAAGCCAGAGCCCAAGAAGAAAGCCACUGACUCCAUGGCAGACUUGGACCCCUCGCAAUACUUCGAAGCCAGAUCUCGCCAGAUCCUCGAGUUGAAAAAAUCCCAUGCUCCAAACCCAUAUCCCCACAAGUUCCACGUUUCUAUUGGCCUGGUGGACUUUUUGCACAAGUACGCCCAUUUGAAGAGAGGAGAAACAUUGAAGGAAGAAAAGGUGUCGAUUGCUGGUAGAGUGCACGCCAAGAGAGAGUCUGGUUCCAAAUUGAAGUUUUACGUUUUGCACGGUGAUGGUGUUGAAGUUCAGUUGAUGUCGCAGCUGCAGGACUAUGGCGAUGAAUCUGCUUACGAAGCUGACCACGACCUCAUCAAGAGAGGUGACAUUGUUGGUGUGGAAGGCUAUGUCGGAAGAACCCAGCCAAAGAAAGGUGGUGAAGGUGAGAUUUCCGUUUUCGUCUCGCAUGUCAAGCUGUUGACUCCAUGUCUGCAUAUCCUUCCUGCCGACCACUUUGGCUUCAAGGACCAAGAAACUAGAUACAGAAAGCGCUAUCUGGAUUUGAUCAUGAACAAGGAGGCCAAGCCUCGUUUUAUCACCCGUUCCAAGAUCAUCUCUUUCAUCAGAAGAUUUUUGGACCAAAGAAGCUUUGUUGAAGUUGAAACUCCAAUGAUGAACGUGAUUGCCGGUGGUGCCACUGCCAAGCCUUUUGUUACACACCACAAUGAUCUGAACAUGGACAUGUUUAUGAGAAUUGCCCCAGAACUCUUUUUGAAAGAGUUGGUUGUUGGUGGUAUGGACAGAGUUUACGAAAUCGGUAGACAGUUCAGAAACGAAGGUAUUGACAUGACUCACAACCCCGAAUUCACCACUUGUGAGUUUUACCAAGCUUAUGCCGAUGUAUACGAUCUGAUGGAAACUACCGAAAUGAUGUUUUCUGAAAUGGUCAAAGAAAUCACUGGUUCUUACGUGAUCAAAUACCACCCAGACCCUCAUGACCCAACCAAGGAGCUAGAAUUGAACUUCGCCAGACCAUGGAAGAGAAUCAACAUGAUCGAAGAGCUAGAAAAGAGAUUAAAUGUCAAGUUCCCACCUGGCGAUCAAUUGCACACUGCCGAAACUGCUGAAUUUUUGAAGAGAGUUUUGAAAGAAAACAAGCUGGAGUGUGCACCCCCAUUGACCAACGCUCGCAUGUUGGACAAGCUUGUUGGUGAAUUGGAAGACACCUGCAUCAACCCAACCUUUAUUUUCGGCCACCCACAAAUGAUGUCUCCUUUGGCCAAAUAUUCUAGAGACAUGCCUGGUUUGUGUGAACGUUUUGAAGUUUUUGUUGCCACCAAGGAAAUCUGUAACGCUUACACUGAAUUGAACGAUCCUUUCGAUCAAAGAAACCGCUUUGAAGAACAGGCUAGACAAAAAGACCAAGGUGACGAUGAGGUUCAAUUGAUCGACGAAACCUUCUGCAAUGCUUUGGAAUACGGUUUGCCACCAACUGGUGGUUGGGGUUGCGGUAUCGAUAGAUUGGCUAUGUUUUUGACCGAUUCGAACACCAUUAGAGAAGUAUUACUCUUCCCAACUUUGAAGCCUGACGUCCAAAAGGUGGAGGAAGAGAAAAACUAG